AUGGCCAACAACUCCCAGGGUCUGUUCGGAGCUCUCGCCGCGGAGGCACCCACCACAGACGAGCGCCGUGUAAAACUUUUCCCGUGGGACUCCUUGUCCAGUCAGCUCUACGAGCCCUUCGGAGAAAGCUCCCUGGAUGAUCUUAGCUUGCAGCAGAUUUGGACCGCUGCGAGCAAAGGCAACAAGAAGGCCAAAUAUCACAGCCAUCUAUGCGCAGAGCUUGCUACUGACGCAUGGCACGUCGGUGCAGGAAUCUCACAAACCUGUGAAAUCCUGCUAGCCGCGAUCAAGCACUGGCAAAGCCAGGACAUGCAGCGACUCGUCCGCCCCGAGGUCUACGCCAAAGUGAAUGAGGAGAUCACCGUCCUUGCCCCAGCCUUGAAAACGUUGCACGUCGGCAAGGGAUCCCAGGAGACUCGGGACACCGGAACCCUGCGGCAGGCCAAGAAACAGAAGAUCGCCGGCGGCGUCAUCGCAACGCCUACGGAGGAUCAGGUCAUUGAGGCUGCGAAGAUCCUGCACAAAUGGCUCGCACAAGAGCAAAGUGCUCUACGCUCUGCACUUUUCAUCCUGGCCGGGAAGAAUACGUACUACGCAGCCCAUGCCGCGGAGGUGAUGGCUCGUGCAACGGUUGCACACAAGCCACUGACGGCUGAACACAUUGUAAUCGCUAUGACCGCUCGGAUGUCGAAGAUUCCCGAGCCACAAACUAGUGUACCAACGCUAAUUUUGCUGCUAGCCUAUCCAGAACAAAUCUUCAAGAGGGGAGUUUGUGCAAGUGCAGGUUUGAUCAAUCUCGGGAACUCCUGCUUCGUGAAUGCUGGCCUGCAGGCAGUGCUUGGCACCCCGCCCUUGCGAAAGGGGAUUCAAGAGGGUGUCAGCGCCAUGGAGACGAGUCUGGCGGAGUUGUACAACGCCCUCGAGACCAGCCGCCGGCCACUCAAGCCGCUGAAGAUCACGGAGAAGUUCUACCACGGCCGCCAAGAAGAUGCAAGCGAAUUUCUUAUUCGCUUGCUCGACGAGUGCCCGAGUGCGUCUCGACCACUUCAGGGCAAGGAAGUGGGUGUGCUACGCUGCGUCCACUGCGGCUACCAACGCUGCCUGGCCGAGGAGAACUUCCUCACCAUGCAGCUGCCGCUGGUAGAUAUGACCUCCAUCCAGCAGGCCUUGGACGCGUAUCUCCGAAGCAGCACCAUUCACGAGGACAUCGAAGAUUGGUGCUGCCGCGGUGAGGCUUGCACCGCCGCCGGACGUGCUCAGGAUCCUCCGCGACACGGUCUUCUCAUCGAGAAGUGGCCGGACACCUUGCUGCUCUCUCUCAACCGAUGGGACUCUGUCCAUGGCCUUCUUUCGCAAGCACUGCUAUGCGAGAACGUGCUCGUCGCAGGCGAGAAUAUCUACGAGCUUCAAGCUGUGAUCACCCACAUUGGAGAUCUGCCGACGCAAGGGCACUAUGUCGCGUACGCUCGCAGCGAGGACUACUUCAUCAAAUACGACGACCACCGAGUAUCUCGCGCAGCUCGCCAUCAGACUUUUUCUUCUACCCCAGGUGAAAAGGUGUAUGUGGUCAUCUACACGAAAAAACAGCAGGCCGAAGCACGGGAGGAGCCAGCCAU